UACAGUCAGCUGUCCGAAGUAGUUUUCAUCGUUCAGUCCCUGACUCCACGACGAUCGUGAAUUAGGAACGAAAUAAUCCAACAUGACAUCAAUGAUCUCGAUAGUUAUGGUAAUCGUCGCUGCGACGACGUUAUCAUCGACAACUGCCAUCGAAUUACCGAGCACCUUCAGGAUAUGCGACAGAUCCCUGCCGAAAGAAGAAUACAAUCAGUGCAUCGCCACAGCUGCCAGAGAUGCUAUCGUUUCGAUCGCUGGAGGUUUGAAGAGCUUCAAGAUCCUACCGAUCGAACCAUUGGCCGUGGACAGCAUGAAAAUUGGCGAGUCCGAAGGGUCGGUCUCUUUGAGACAGGAAUAUCGAAAUAUAAAAUUGUACGGGCUUACGAAGGACCUCGAAAUCAGAAAUUACAAUAUCGACUGGGACAAAUGUCUGCUGUCGUCGGAUUCGUUUUGUCCGCAAGUGAACUUCGUCGCCGAUUACAAAGUCGAUGGCAAAAUACUGUUGCUGCCCGUCAGAGGAUCUGGCAAAUCGAACAUCACUAUGUACGAUUUGAGAACACACAACGACCUGUACUGCGAGAAAUACGAAAAGAAUGGAGAAACCUAUUUGAAGGUGAAGAAAAAUGUUGUGAAACUCUCCCCUGCUCGAGUGACGAUGCAAUUCGACAACCUUUUCGACGGUGACACACUUUUAGGAGAACAAAUGAACCGUUUCAUCAACGAAAAUUCAGACUUGCUCUUCAAGGAACUUCAAUCGCCCUACGAGGAGACGUUCGGCCUGGUUUUUGCGAAAAUUGCCAAUGAUAUCUUCAGUCGUGUGCCUGUAAAUAAAAUCUUCCCGCCCACGUGAAGUUAUUUUCAUGAAUUAAUGCUUAAUGUAAUGCAUCUUCUACCGUAAAAAAAUUUGGAGGAAAGUUUCGGAGUUGCCAAAAAUUUGUAUAUACCUGCGUGCGUGCGUAUUAUACGCUGAUCUGAAAACAUGGGAACAACGUUUAUUUUAUUUACACUGUUAUUGUAAUUUAAGGUACAUUCUGUUUUAAUAUAAAAAAACAAAAAAAAAAAACGAUUUACUUUCGCAAUUCUAAUGCACGUUUCCCUGUUCCAAAUCUUUUUACAAUUUCGACGAGUCGAUUGAAUUGAACAAGACUAAUCAGAUUCGUGAUUACAGCAUCAUAUUGUCGUUAAUGACAAGUGCUAGAAACUUACGGAUCUCUGCAUACAUUUAAGACUUUCCAAGAGUAUAUGUAAAUAAAAAACAAUAUCACAAAAUUAUAUAUAAAUCU